AUGGGCCUGCUGGAACCGCUUUCUAAUUAUCAAAAAACUGAGCCAAAAGUUUUGCUUCAUUAUGCCGACCAGCUCUUUCAAAGCAACACAUUUCAUCAGUAUCUCACACCUCCACAGCUUAUUGUGCUAAAUAAGGUCCUGACGAUUCAAGACCCUUCGCACAAGGAGAAGGUGUGGAUGGAGCUCAUAAAUAGCAAUGUUUCUCUGGACGUCGUGAAGAAGGUGGAGCCGGUGCUCGAGGAAGCGCUCACCAACAGCGGUUCUGCAGAGGCAGCAAGCCCGUCGGUGCAUAGCGACGGCCCCAAUCGGAAGCAAGAUCGAAGCCAAGAUCAAAACCUCAACAUUGCAGGCAAUGAGACUAAGAACACAAGCGCUGCAAAUCCAAACAACUCCAAUGAGGACCAGUCGGCAAGUCCGACAGACGGAGUACCUCAAGAAACUAACAGUUUACAAGACGGAGUCUUUGGCAACCAAAAUGACGAACAAAAUGGAGAUACAGUUAAGAAGGAGGCAGAUCCUUUGAUGGAGCCCGAUUUCUCUGAAGUGGAUCUGGAGAAUUUGCAGCAACAGAUGAGUGGCACAGAAUUUAUAGGAAACCUAUCUUUGAAGCUUCGCUAUGUCCUUUGGGAGAGCGCUAUAGAACCGCUGUGUGAUGCAGAACAAGGAAAUAAGAACGUGGAUUUGCCUUUCUCACAAGCUGUUUCCUUGGAUGCUGAAGAACCCUUAUCUAAACCGGAGGCCAGCAGCCAUCUUGAUUCACGGAAUAAAGAGGAAGAUGAUGAUUAUGAUGACGAGGAUGACGGGGAACAAGAAAAUGUUGAUGAAACCCCCAAUAACGACACUAAAUCAGACCCUAGUUCAGCAGAAGCGGUAUACGACCAAUUCGGCCGUUUAAUAUUGGUCCUAGAUAUAUCCAAAGACACGCUCUCGGCGCUGGGUGUGAACGAUACUCAAGCAAUAAUAGAAAACUUCAACAAAAUAUAUCAUAAUUUCGAAAAUGAUCGAGAAACCCUCAUGAAAAGGUUAAAGCUCGAAGAGAGCGAUAAACUUUUGGAGCCAUCCAAGAAAAGAAGACAUCAUGAACUUUCUGAGUCUGUUGACAAAGAGGGAGACAACUCAUCUGAUGACGAAGAAGCUGUUAAGAAGGUUAAACCUCAAGAUGUGCACAUGUCUGCGAUUUCAGUGAACCUCGGAUCGGCAAACCUGUCAUUGAAACAUUUGCUUGCAUCUAUUCAAGAAAACAAGACGAAGCUUGACAUCUCAGAUUAUGAAUUGCGACAUCUAAUAAUGGAUGUACGGAAGAACCGAUCUAAAUGGGCAUCUGACGAUAAGAUAGGUCAAGAAGAACUUUAUGAUGCAUGCGAAAAGGUGGUACUUGAGCUCCGUAACUACACCGAACAUUCUACCGCUUUUUUGAACAAAGUUAGUAAAAGAGAAGCGCCGAACUACUAUCAAGUUAUUAAAAAGCCCAUGGACUUGAAUACCGUUCUGAAAAAGCUGAAAACUUUUCAAUACAAUUCAAAGCAAGAGUUUGUCGAUGAUGUGUUGCUGAUUUGGAAAAACUGCCUUACGUAUAACUCGGACCCCAAACAUUUUUUAAGGACGCAUGCAAUUGCCAUGCAGAAGAAGUCUUUGUCUUUAAUCCCUCUGAUUCCAGAUAUCACUAUAAGAGAUCGUUCAGAAGUCGAGAAAGAAUUGGAGGAUAUCGACAAAGAAAAUGGCAAAGAUGGCGACGUUGAGGAAGAAGAGGCCUCGGGUACAGGAAGAAAAGGAGGCAACGUACGAGGUUUAAAGCACGCGCCGGGGGAAAAAAGUGCUAAAACAACCGACCAUAUGUCAGGACUCAAAAGCCAAGGCAGCUCAGAAGCAACAACAGGCAAAGGACUGAAAGGUCAGAAAGCCACUAGUUCAAAGGAUGAUGCUUUGAAUGAGGAACUUGAAUCACAGCGUGACGUAAACAUGGACGCACAGUCGAGCGACGAGACCACACACCAAAAUAACGGGAAAACAAGCCUAUUAGACGAUGCUUCACAACAAAACGCGCCUUCAAAGGGCGUGAAAAUCGAAGAGGAUAACCUGGAGAAGGUCGACAACGAAGAAGAGGCUACAAAGGACAGGGAAGAUGAAGAUGAAGAAGAGGAAGAUGAAGAGGAUGAGGACGGCGAAUCUAACAUGUAUUUGGUCGAAAAAGAUGACGACAAGGAUGACCUGGAGUUGUCAACCUGGAAAAGUUGCACUGCUACUGUUCGUGCGGACCUCUGUAUCAAGAGAGCAAAUUUGUUCCAGGGCCAUUGCCUAAACAACAAGGCUCCCGCAAUACUAAGGAACCCAAGCAAGAUGAAAGAGUUUGACCAAUUUGUCAAGGAAUAUAAGGAGCAACAAGAAGCUGAAUUACAGAGAAGGAAACUUGAGCAAGAAUCUAUUAUGAAGAACGGGUUCGGUACAGUGAUGAAACAGGAGGAUGACGAAAACGUUGCUUCACAACAGCAACAACAACAAUCAAAUAUGAGCAGUGAAAACGACGUUGACAAACAAUCAACGGAAAUUGAAAUUGACGAUGCGAAUUUUUUAACCGAAUACAAUGUUGCAAAUUCUGUUCCGGCGAUCGCAUACAAAGGUAUAGAUGAGGUCGUUGUUGAUGAAGAAGAAAGCAUGCUGGUUGAAUCUGUCUUAGCAACAGGAAAUAUGCAACAUAGCGAUUUCUUGGCUAAUAGAGAAAAGGGCCUCAAUCCCAAGAUCAACGGAAACAUCCAAUUAAUACAAGAAAUAAGGCACAUUUGUCAUAAAAUUGCACUUAUACGAAUGCUUCAGAAUCCUCAGAAUCCCUCUCAGCAAAUCAAAAACAGCACCAACAAUGCCAACAACCAGAUAUGGGAUACCCACAAGUACAAGUUCACCUGUAUCGAUGACGAGUUAGACCUCGACCCGGUUUCUAGACUUCCAACGCGUAAUCAAAAACAUGACAAAAAGCUGAUGUGGCGCUUAAUGCACAAAAAUGUGUCUAAAAUUGCAAUGUCAAACGGAUUUGAGAGUACACAGCCUGUAGCGACUAACAUGCUCACCGAAAUUGCUGGCGAGUAUCUUUCCAACAUUAUCAAGACAAUAAAGAUUCACCAUGAAAGCACUUCUCUGAACCCUAAAAGCUCUUACGAGAUUUUGCAAAUGGCUCUCUUAGAAAAUGGGAUUAACAAACCUGAUGACCUGUAUUCGUAUAUUGAAGCCGAAUUUGUCAAAAAGAACAAUAAAUUGAGGGACAUUAAAUUCAAACUCAACAACUUCCUAAAAGACUUGUUGAGGCCUACUCUACAGGAUUUAUCUGAAAGAAACUUUGAGGAUGAGAGUCAAAGCUUCAUGACAGGCGACUUCUCGUCUGAAAUAACCGGAGAGGACUUUUUUGGCUUCAAAGAUCUUGGCCUGGACCGGGAGUUCGGGGUCUUGAGCAACUCCGUCCCACUUCAACUAUUAACUUUUCAAUUUCAAGGAAAAGGUUCCGAAGCUAAAGUCCAAGAUAAAAAGAUCCAGCCAGAAGAGUUUAACGACGUGGUUUACUCAGAUGUUGCUACGAGCAGCAUUAAAGAAGGAAAAUACUGGAAGACCCUGCAGCCGCUUUUAGAGAAAGCCCUUAAUCGCUUUAAGGUUCAAAGCUUAAAAAACAAUAAGCAGAGUCCCCAUGAGAGUGUUUCUCCUAAGGCCGAGCAAGACCUCUUCGAAGUGUUACCUGAAGAUGACGAAAUGCCUUCAAAAUCAAAAUCUUCCGGAAAGCCUAGGCUACCACCCACCGGCAAAAUUAACACUAAUUACAAAAAGAAACCAGUCGCAGAUGCCUUUUUCGCACCAGAUCUUCCACCGUCACAGGUGGCUAUCAAAACAGAGAAGCCGGAUCAGCCCAACAGUGAGCCCCUUGUAGAUUCCAUGGAUUCAAGAAGAUUGUCAGCUGCAAAUAGUGUCGAUAAUACCUCACCCGAGACUUUUACGUUAAGCUUGCCCAAGGUUUCUGACUGA